AUGGUCAGCAUUCUAGAUUUUCCACCAGAGCUGCUCCAUCACAUUUUGGUCUUUGUAGCCGACAGCGAAGGGCUUCCAAGGCCAAUAGGAGACACGAAAACUCAGGAUGUGAAGGUAACGGAGCUAGACGAGGAUGAUGGUGAUGAUGACUGGGUGGACGAGGAUGACAUCGACCUUGACGAGGAUGAAGAUCUGGAUAACAACGAAGAUCUCUGCAAUAUCUGCUUGGUUUCACGUAGAUUCCGCGACCUAGCGCAACCUCUUCUCUUCCGUUACCUUGGUGAUGAGAAUCUACGUGGCGGUCUGCGCAAAACCGUCUCUUUCGUCAAAACUCUCUAUCUUCGUCCAGACCUUGGAAAGUAUGUCCAAGAGGUUAACAUUCUCCCGACUUCGUUCGGUCCCCACGAUAUCAAGCCUCUCGAUGCGGAGAACGUCGCCAUCUUCAAAGCCGCGAUCAAGGACAUACAACUGGGCGAUGAGGAGGCAAAUUGGGUUAGCGCCAUGGAGAACGCCGAGCUCAGCGUCUUUGCGGCACUCCUGGCCAAUAAGACCCCGAACCUUCGCCGUUUGCAUCUACCCGGCGACCAAUUCUUCCCGAAGCCAUUCACCCAUCUCUUCAGUCGAGUCCCGUCCUUCCUGUCGAACCUCGAGCAUCUCUGGAUAGACUGUGACGUGGAUUUUCCAGGCUACAGAAUUGUGGACUAUGAGCCAUUCCUAACUCUUCCCAAACUCAAAUUCCCGACCUUCAAGUGUGGCAAUCUCGACGGUGCAAGGUUUCCUUCUACCUGGACAAAGGAGGCUUUGAGCUCAGAAAAUGUAGUCUUCCGCCUAUGCCAUAUUGACGCCGAUGCCAUCCAAAAAUUCAUCAAGGCAUGCAAGGCCCUCAAAUCGUUCAGCUUCCACAACUUCACCUUGGAUCCACGCGAAAUACGGAUGCCAAGUGGUGGACAUAUGAUCGAGUUUGAUGCCGCAAAAGCCCACGAGGCCCUACUCCUACAUAAGGACACACUCGAGCACAUGCAUCUCGAGUUUUCACGGGACCCAUGGGACAUCGAAAACGUCCGGCAAUACACAGAUACCUGCGUGAAGAUCCCAUUGCUCGAUAGCUUCAGUGUCCUUGAAACCAUUAUCCUUCCACACGCCGUUCUUUCCCAACACCCUCGUUUCCCUAGUUCGCUGAAAGCACUCCAGGUCACCGACUGUAACUCGUCUGUUCAAAACAUGGUCCAGAACAUCGCGAAAGAUUGCGAAAAUGGAAUGUACCCGAACUUCAUCGACUUCAAGGUCUUGGCCCUUGAUAUCACUGCCCCGAUCAAGCUUCCGGGUCAACGUGUUCCACGGGGGAAGACCCCUGAACAAUGUUUCCACAGUCUCCGGGAUCUGUUCAAAAGGACCAGCGUCGAGUUUCAGAUCUCUCCAUACAGACCGCCUGACCUGGACGAGUUUGAUGACCUCGGUCUUGAUGAUGAUGAUUAUGAUGAAUAUGAUGACCUUGCACAUCUUGACGAUGACGAUGACGAUGACGAUGACGAUGACGAUGUUGAAUAUCAAUUCCCACCCAGACCGCCUGGAAUGGGAGGCAUCGGGCCAAUGCCUCAAGCGCUUCUCGAUAUGUUUAUGCAGCGGGCCAUGCAAGACCCUGAUUUUGCGCACCUCCGCGGCGGAAUAUAA